ACAGUUUAUAAACAUAAAUAUGCCCGUGUUGUUACCGGUCUACAAAAAAAAAAGCCGAAGUUACAUGAUAGUGAAUUAUUUGGGCAUUUUCUGGCAAAGUCCAAAACCACGAACAAUGUACUUUUCAGGUUACAAAGCAUGGGUAAUAAUAUAAGUACAAUUAAUUAUAGAUAAGGUCCAGAUAAAAUCAGUUGCAGGCUAUGGUUGCAGGUAAUUGAGGACUGUGUUCUUUCGUGUUACGUUAUUCAAGAAAUAUUUUGAGAGAGAUGUCUGUUUCAUCCAAGAAGCUAGUUUUUUGUGAAUUUGGUAAUCCGGCGAAAAUUUUAAAACUAGAACAUGAAGAGCUGCAUCCACCAAAGCCAAAUGAAGUGCUGGUGCGAAUGCUGGCAGCCCCGAUCAACCCGGCAGACGUGAUCGCGCUGAAGGGACUGUACCCCAACAAGCCGUCCCUGCCGGCAGUCGCGGGGAACGAGGGAGUGGGGGAGGUGGUCGCCGUGGGCUCGGCCGUGGGCGACUUACGGCCCGGGGACCGCGUCGUGGCGCAGACGGGCGUCAACUGGGGCACGUGGCGCACGCACGCUGUCUGCGACGCCAAGCGCGUGUUCAAGAUCCCCAAGGAGCUGGGCGUGGUGGAGGCAGCCACGAUGUCUGUGAACCCGUUCACGGCGUACCUCAUGCUGAAGGACCUGGUGACCCUGGAGAAGGGCGACGUGGUGGUACAGAACGGGGCCAACAGCUCGUGCGGACAGUUCGUCAUCCAGCUGAGCAGCCUCUGGGGCUACCGCACCGUCAACGUGGUCCGGGACCGGCCGGACAUCGGCGAGCUCAGGCGGCACCUCGAGGACCUGGGUGCCUCGUACGUCCUCACCGAGGAAGAGCUCAGGGACACGCAGAUCUUCGAGAGCGGGGGGGUCGCCCGGCCGAAGCUGGCGCUGAACUGCGUCGGCGGCGCCAGCGGGGAGACGCUGGCCAAGCAGCUGGCGCACGGCGGCACGCUGGUCACGUACGGGGCCAUGUCGAGGCAGCCGGUCCCGGCCCUCGCGCCGUACUUCAUCUACGAGGACCAGACGUGGCGGGGGUUCUGGGUGUCGGCGUGGAUGCGGAAGCACGCCGGCUCGCCCCGGCACCUGCGCAUGCUGGCGGAGGUCUCUCGCCUGCUGGUCGAAGGGAAGCUGAAGGUGCCUGCGCACACGCUGGUGCCCAUCGCUGCGUUCCAGGAGGCGCUCGCGUCCAGCGAGGCCGGCUUCAAGGGCUUCAAGUACAUCUUUGACUUCCGGGCGUAGCAGUGUAGUGGUUCCACUUCAUGGCAAAGUGAUAUUGUCUUGGGACUGGUGACUUGUAUUCAUUUAUUCAUCACUCGAAACUGUGAACCAAUCUGUUGUUUAAAAAAAUAUGGUUGAUAAGUUCACAAAUUCUUACUUGAACAUAAGAAUUUAAUAAAAGAUUCAUUUUUGGAA